AUGUCGUUAUCGAACGUUACAGCGCCUCCUCGAGCCCCAGCCGUUUUGACAGCGGAUGGCUUCGACCCGGAGACUUUUGACCCUCUAGUGCCACGAAUAGUGCAACAAGCCACCACACGGUCGCCUAUCCUUCUACCCUGGCAGCCCCGCAUUAUGCCACUGGGCAUGUUCUUUCGGUCGAACUUGGCCGAAACCGCCCACAAUCCAUUCGCGCCAGAGACGGCGUUUAACCAAGAGUCUUUGGAAUCAACUCGGAUCAUUUUCACGGCAAAUGAUGGCAGCUGCAGCUUUCGAUCCUCCGAAGCCUUCAGCUCGUCAUCUUCCAUGGAUCAUUUGAGCGUUUCUUUGGGUGCAAGUGUUGAUAUGACUUGCCUUGAAGCCAGCGUGUCAAUGCACUAUGAUAAAGACGUCAUGGAGAACAAGGACUCAAACAAAGCUUCAGUCACAACAAGCUAUCGUGCGGGAUCCGUUGGAUAUGCGCGCUCUCCAGAGUUGUCAGAAAAGGCCUUCAAAAUUUUAACCAGGCAGGGUAUUGAGGGAUUCAAGUCUGUUUAUGGCGAUUACUACGUGGGCGGAUACCGCAUUGGAGGAGAUACGGCUGUCCUUUUCAGUACUGAUCAAAGUUCCUAUUCCAAGACGGAAAAGGAAACUGUGCAAAUAAAGGUGGAAACAUGGCUGGGUGACUACGAUGAGAGCUGGUCCACAAGCUCGACACAUUCAUCCAGCUCUGCCGUUGUCCGUGUCAGUGCAUUUUCAACACUUGAGCAGCUGAUUGUUACGAAAACGGUCGAGACGGGGACCCCGGAGUUCCAGGCCGCUAUUCGGCAGGGGAGGGCGAUCCACAAGCGAGCGCAGGGGUUAGAGGAUGGCGUGGCCAGGGUUCUAGAUGAAGUUGGCGUGCGGCACGGAAAGAUUGUCACGCCUAGGCAAUGCACCCAACUUUGUCAAAGAGCUGUAGUUGUUGAACUUCAGCUGGUGCCUAUUGAGUGCCUCCGCCAGGUUCGUUUUUGGACUUUGCUUUAG